AUGCGUGCGAGUGGCGAGUGCAACAGAGGGGCUAACGAAGCGCGGCUGGCAGGGCAGCUUGCAAAAACCUCAAAAUGGUUGAAAAAGUUUUUGCGCCACGGCUCGCGAUGGCGCGGCGGCCGAGAGGGGUUAGCGGCGCGCGCGCCAUCCGUUGGCGCGCCAGUCAACCGCCGCUCCCCGCUGCGCGCGUAUGUCUCGUCAAACCGCGCAACUCUGCUGCGACCGCGCCGAACCGAGACCGUUAUCGUCCCAAAUGACGCCCUAAUGGACGAACGGAGAGGUAUUCUUUGCAUGCUUGUGUCAGUG